GAAAAUCUGCAAGUCAUGCAAAUGCAGCCAGGAGGAUCACAGCCUGAGCUCGGACGUGGAGGAUGAUCGGAAAAUUGGGCGCCUGCUGUCAGACUCCAAGUAUGCCACGCUCACCGCCCGGGUGAAAGGAGGUGAUGGCGUUCGCAUUUACAAAAGGAACCGCAUGAUCAUCACCAACCCCAUCGUCUCUCGGAAAGACCCCACCUUCGACACCAUCACGUACGAGUGGGCUCCCCCGGGGCUCACCCAGAAGCUGGCCAUGCAGUACAUGGAGCUGAUCCCGAAGGAGAUGCAGCCGGUGGCGGGGACGGACGGGGCGUACUAUCGCCGGCGGCAGCUGAUGAGACAACUCCCGCUGUACGACCAGGACCCGUCCCAGUGCCGCGGCCUCGCGGAGGGUGAGCUGAAGCUAAUGGAAGACUUUGUGAAGAAGUACAAAGCCGAGGCGCUGGGCGUUGGCGAGGUGGCACUGCCGGGCCAGGGCGGCGGCGGCAAGGAGGAGGGGAAGCCGCAG